UUCAUCCUCCUCAAACAACAAAGUCUGUUCCCCGUACCAGCAAAAUUAAUUCUUCGGUUAAUUCAAAUCGAUUUAGUCAUCCUCCUCCUCCUUAUACUUCUGAUAGUGGAGGUAACAGUUCAAAUAACCCUUUUAAUGAAAAAAAUAAUGAAUCUCCAAAAUCAUCAAAUGUUACUCAAAGAGCAACAUCUUUUCAUUCGACUUCUGGUAAACCUCCUUUGGCUCCAAAACCUCCUAUGCCACCCCGCAAAAAUGUCGAAACUGCUGUUGCUGCUUUUGAUUUUCAAGGUGAACAAGAUGAUGAUCUUAGUUUUAAUAAGGGUGAUAUCAUUAUUAUUAAAAGAAAAACUAACAGCACUAAUGAUUGGUGGUUUGGGAGGUGUAAUGGAAAAGAAGGAAAUUUUCCUGCUAAUUAUUUGGAACUUAAGUAG